CAACACGACGCGCUGGGCACAACCACACCUUGGCGACUCCACCGGUUCCUUUUUCUCCUCUUACAAGACUCAACUCGCCACAUCCACUGUGCGUACUUUCAAAGUAGCUCUCUAGCUUGACUUAGCCACAUCAGGGUCUGCCUCGCGUCCGUCGUAGGCUGCGAUUCAGGAAGGGCGCCUUGCGGCACCGAGCGCCUUGAGCGCCACGAGCCAGGGCCUUUGAGGGCACUACAACAUAUUGGUUCCCGUCCUCGCUCUUUUCUGGGCGCCGACGCUGCUCCCGCCGGUUCACUGGACUAGCGCAGCUGAAGGCGCACCUACGCAGCCCUCCCCCCACACCGGUCGUCCAUGGUGCCCGGCGCGGACGCAGCAACCUGCAGUAGCCUAGUUCGCCAGGGGAGGCGGCAUUGUGUACGGCAUCCCUCUGCAAUACCCUGAGGCGGCGCGGUUGCGCACACGCCUAGCUCGUUACAUAGCUCGCGGCAUCACCGCACAUGGACCUCGACCUCGACGAGCUCGACAAGCAGAAGAAGGCGCAGCAGUCGCGCGCCUUCAAGCCCGCCCUCAAGCCGGUUGCCCGGCCUCGCCCGGGCCAGCAACAACGGCAGCAGGGGCAGCAGCAAGGGCCGAACGUCGGGGCAGCUGCCGGCGCUGCCGCGACCCCGGCUGCCCCGGGGCCGGCAGCCCCACCGCUGCGCGCCGCGGCUGCGCCCGCUGCUUCCAGAGGCGGCGAGGCGGCGGAGCAGAACCCGACGCAGCCACCAGCAGCAGCCGCCGCAGCAGCAGCAACCGGUGUAGCUGCCUUAACCAGCGCGGCAGGCGGGGCUUCCCGUCGCGGCGCGGCGGCACAUGAUGUGGGGGGUGCUGCGGGCGGCGGGGGCGGCGCGGGUGCGCCUACCCAUGAAGGGGGCGCGGGCGGCAGUGCUGACGGCGCCGCCGCCGCUGCCGCCGACUUUCUCGGCGGCGGCCUGACUGACAUCCUGUCGCCACCGCCCAGCCAGCCGCGUGUCAGCAAGUUUGCGCCGUCGGCAGGUGCAGGCCGCAGCCGGGCUGGCGCCGGUGGUAGUGCGGGCACCGGCGCCGGCGCUGCUGCGGGCGCUGCUGCGGGCGCGGGUGCUGGUGCGGGCGCUGGUGCGGGCGCGGGCGCGGGCGCGGGCGCGGGCGCGGGCGCGGGCGCGGGCGCGGGCGCGGGCGCGGGUGCGGGUGCGGGCGCGGGCGCGAAGUCGUCUUCGCAGGCCGCACCCGCAGUGGCGGCGGUAGCAUCCUCGCAGGUGGCUGACCCAGUGUUCCUGGCGCCCGCGACCCAGAUCGAGGCGCCCGCGACCCAGAUCGAGGCACCCACCACUCAGCUGCCCGCGACGCAGCCGCCCGCCUCCCAGCCGCCGCCAACACACGCGGAUGCCCCUCCGGAGGAGGAGCAGGAGCAGCAGCAACAUGCGGGGGAGGAGGGGGCUGAGGCGGCUGCAGCGCCGGCGCCGGCUGGGGCGGCAUGUCAGCUUGCCGCGCCCACGCAGCCAGCGGCGCCGUUGACGGCGGCGGCGGCGGCUGGGGAUGAGGAGGCGGCUCCUGCUGAUGGCAAGGCCGUGGAGACAGGGGCCGCCACCUGUGUCAAGGCCGUGGAGACAGGGGCCGUCGAACGGGUGGUGACGGCCGCGGCAGGCGCGGUCAUGGCGGAUGCGGCCGGUGCGGGUGGUCCCGGCGGAGAGGGGCAGCUGGACUUGGGGUUGGGCGGCGGCUUUGGCGGCGGCGGCGACGGCACGGGUGAAAUGGGCGGCUUUGGGGAUGAGGACGACGACUUUGACCCCCUGGCGGCGGCGCUGGCGGCGGCGGAGGCUCUCCCUGACGACCUGCUGGACGACUUCCCAGCGGCAGUAGCAGCGGAGCCCGCGGAGCCGCACGGGGAGGAGGCUGUAGCACCGCUGCGCAGCGGCGCAGCGGCAGCGCCGGUCGAGGAGCCGGCGGCGGUGGCGGCUGCCGCGUUGGGUUCGGCGCCGCCUCCCGUGGCGCAUGUGCCCGAGGCUCGGGUGGAGGGGCUUGUGGCGGCAGAGCUUAGCGCACUGGAGGCGGCCGCACCGCGGGCUGAUGCUGAUGCAGCUGAUGCUGAUGCUUCGGCGGCGGCGGCGGCGGCGGCGGCGGCGGCGGCGGCGGCGGCGGCGGCUGCACAGGAGCCAGGGCCUGCACACCUGCAGGGCGCCGCGUCGCCGGCGCAUGCGGCGUUGGGGCCGGGACAACCGCCAGCGGCGGCGGCCACGGCGGCGCCGGCGGAGCAGCCGCCGCCUCCGGCGGCAGCUCCAGCGGGGGCGCCCGCGGGCGGUGGUGGCGGCAGCGCCGGCGCAGAUGUGGAUGAUGCGUUUGGGCUGCUGUUUGGGCUGUCGGCUGCGGAGCAGGCGGCGCUUCAGGGUGGCGGCGGCGGCAGGGCGCGGCGGGCAGCGCCGGUGGUGCCGGCGCGCCGCGGCGCCGCCAAGGCGCGUGGUGGUGACGCGGCCGCGUCAGCCGCGGCGGCGGCGGCGGGGUCAGCGCCGGCGGCAGCGGCAGGGGCGCCGGCGGCGGUGCCAAGCGGCGGCUUCAUCCGGGACAUCUUGAUGAAGGCACCCGAGGUUGCGCCGCCGAAGCCGCCGCAGCAGCAGCUGCGGCGGCCAUCGCCAUCGCCACAACCUCAGCAGCAGCCAGAGCUGGCGGCGCCGCAAAAGACGUGCUCCCCAGCGGCUGCGGAGGCGGCUGCGGUCACGGUGGUAGAGGCGCCGACACCAGCCGCAGCUGCUGGGCCGAGCCAGGCGGCGGCGGUGGAGCCGGCGAAGGAGGCUGCUACUGCUGCCGCUACUGCUGCUGCUGCUGCCGCUGCUGCUGCUGCGCCUACGGCUCCCUAUCCACCCCAGGAGCAGCCCGCCCCCGCCAGGGCAGAGGCCGUGACCGCGGACGCACAGGCAGUGGCGGGAGAGGGGGCAGCGGCGCCACCGGCGCAAGCGGAGUCCCCUGCAGCAGCCGCUGCUGCUACUGCCGCUGCUGCUUCAGGUGCUAAUGCUGCAGCUGCUACUGCUGCGCCCGCUGCGCCCGCUGCUGCUACUGCCGACCUGCAGUUGCCUGGGGAGGUGGGGCUAGACCUGGACUCGCUGCCCAAGCAGCAGCGGCGGGCGGCGCCCAAGGUGGUGGCGCGCAGGGGCGCCGCAGCAUCUGCAGCGGCAGCUGCGCCAGCGGCUGCACGGCCGGCGGCGACGGCAGCGGCGAACGCCGCUGCUACAGCGCCGGCGAAGGCGGCGGGAGCGCCUGCGGCCUCGGCAGCAGCGGCCGCAAAGGCGGCGGCCGCUCAGGGUGCCGCCACGGCCGCCGCGGGCACCGCGGCAGAGGCCGCUGGGCCAGGCCAGGCGGCGGCGGCGGAGCCGGCGAAGGAGGGGAGCGCAAAGCCGUCGGCAGCAGCGGAAGCGGCGGCUGCGCCGGCAGUGGCGGCGGCGGCGGCACCAUCAGCGGCACCUGCGGCUGCGGUGCCGGUUGCGGCGGCGUCUGCGGCACCUGCGGCAACAGCCGCGCCGGCAGCGGCACCUGCGACCGCACCUGCGGCGGCGUCUGCGGCACCUGCGCACACGCCAGAGCCUGCACCUGCGUCUGGGUCUACGCCAGAGCCUGCGCCUGCACCCGAGGAGGAGGCCGCCGUGUCACGUGCGGGGGACGCCGCGCCGCUGCCGGCCACGGCGCCUGCUCCAGCCCCGGAGCAGCCGCCCACAACAGACGCAGCACCUGCACCUGCACCUGCACCGGCACCUGCACCUGUACCUGUACCUGCACCUGCGCCGCCGGAGGCGCUGGCAGCACCACCGGCAGAGGGGCCAGCGCGGGCAGAGGCGCCAGCCACAGCACCGGCGCCGGCGGCUGCACCGGCGGAGGCACCCGCACAGGCGCCGGCGGAGGCGGGUCUGGCCACUGACCUGGACUCGCUGCCCAAGCAGCAGCGGCGGGCGGCGCCCAAGGUGGUGGCGCGCAGGGGCGCCGCAGCAGCUGCGGCAGCUGCAGCACCUGCGGCGGCGGCGGCGGCUGGCACGGGUGCGGGUGCGGCGGCGCGGCCGGCGCCCGCGGGGGCGUCUGCGGCAGCCCCGGCAGCAGCAGUGCCGUCAUCGGGCGCUGGGCCGUCCACGUCAGCUGCCCCCGGCGCAGCAGCGGCCGCAGCACCGGCUGCAGCUGCAGCUGCAGCGGCACAGCCCGCGCACACGUCGCGAGACCCCCGCAUGCAGCCCGCCGCGGCGGCGGGGGCAGCAGCAGCCCCGCCGGCCCCAGCGGCUGCCGUGCCGCCCCCGUCGCCGUCUCCAAAACCCACGACAACGGUGGCUGCAGCGCCCGCUGCAGCGCCAGCAGAAGCAGGCGCAGCAGCAGCAGCAGCGGCGCCGGCGCCGGCGCCGGCGCCGGCCUUGCCAAAGGCCAAGCCGCAGGCCCGCAAGCCGGCGGGCGGGAGCGCUGCAAAGCGGGCUCGGGAGGCGGCGACGUCGGCGGCGGCGGCCGGCAUCGAGGAGGGCGCAGCAGCAGGCGCAGCGGGCCCCGCGUCGCCUGCUACUGCCAAGGCGGCGGCGAAGCCGCGCGCCCGUAAGAAGGCCCGCGUCUCGUCUGCAUCGGAAUCCGAAUCCGAAGCUGACGAGGCGGCGGCGGCGGCGGCGGCUGUAGCGACGACGAAGACGACGACGCGCAAGCCGGGCGCCGCGUCCAAGCGCCGCCCUCGCAGCCAGGCGGCGAAAACAGGGGAUGCGGCGGCGGCGGCGGCGGCGUCGCCGACGGCUGCGGAGGGGUUGUUGGAGCGGCGGCGGGCGCAGGCGGCGGCGGCGGCGGCGGCCGUGCUGCGGUUGGUAGGGUCGGCCUCCUCCGCCUCGUCCAAGCGGGGGGCGCUGGGGUGGCUACGGCUGCUGUCCACUGUGCGGACGCGGCUGCAGCCGGAGGAGGAGGAUGGGGAGGAUGGGGAGGCGGGCGGCGGCGGCGCGGGCGUGCAGGACGACGACGGCGAAGCGGCGGCGGCAGCAGGCGAGGGUGGGGAGGGCGACAUGGGCCUCGCCCUCAUCGUCCACCCAGACCACCAGCUCGGAAACGGAACCCGCGGCCGCCGCCGCCGCGGCACCGCCGCCGGCACCGGCACCGGCCGCACCCGCGGCGGCGGUGGCGGCGGCCGCGGCAGGGGCCGCGGCGGCUCUCGCAACCGCGCCGCUGCCGCUGCCGACAGCGAUGCUGAUGGAGGGGAUGGGGUGGGAGCGCGAGCGCUGGCAAAGCGCUCCCGGAAACGCAAGGUGGCUCGCUCUCGAUCGGCGGCGGCGGCGGCGGCGGCGGCCACGGACACGGAAACCGGCGACAGUGAUUCGGAGGCGGCCGACAGCGAGGGCGGCGGCGGGCGGAAGAAGCGGAAGAAGCGGCGGGGGCGGCCGCUGAGUGCGUCGGCGGCCGCGGCGGCGGCGGCGGCGCGGGAGGCGCGCAUUCGGCGGGAGGCGGAGGCCAAGGCUCUGGAGGAGGCGGGGCUAGCCAUGGUGGAGCUGCCUGUGGUGGACCCCUCGGAGGUCAUGGACGUGGACACCUGGUCCCUCAGGAAGAUCAUCGCCCGCACACAGGCCUGGGAGCGCGCCAAGAUGGCGGAGGAGCGGGCCGCCGCCCGCGCCGCCAAAGAGCUGGCGGACAGGGAGGUGCUGGAGGCGGGGGCAGGAGGAGGAGGAGGCGGAGAGGGAGGCGCGGCAGGAGCAGGAGGAGCAGCAGGGGGAGCAGGAGGCAGGGGCGGGCGCGGCGGGCGGCAGGCAACGGCGGCGGCGGCGGGCCCGGCGGCGGCGACGGCGGCGCCUCAGGUCCGCAUCGUGGACGGGCGACUGGUGCUGGACGACGCCUCGCUCACCAUCGCGGCGCAGCAGCGUGAUGACGUGGCGGGCUACGCUGUGGUGGAGGAGGAGACGCGGCUGGUCAACUCCACCACCUACGGCACACGCCGCCUGGCCCCCGCCAAGUGGGCCGACGGCGACUGCGCGCUCUUCUUCGCGGCGCUCGCAUGCUUCGGCACCGACUUCAGCCUCAUUGCAAUGCUGUUCCCGGAGAUGCAGCGCGCGCACAUAAAGCGCAAGUACCUGAAGGAGCUCAAAGAGAACCCCGCCAAGGUGGCCUCAGCAAUGAAUGGCCACGGCCUGCCCCCCAGCGGCGCCGCCGGCAGCACCGGCGGACUUAACCGCGCCUCUCUCCUGGAGAUGGUGCGGAACCGGAUCGCGGAGGCCAACGCACACCGCGCCACGGCGGCGGCGAACGCGGCGGCGGCGGCGGCGCUGCCGGCGCCAGCCGCCGCUGCCGCGGCGGUGUCCGGCGGCGGCGCGCCGGGUGUGGAGGGCGGCGAGGCGGGGCGGCCGGGUCCGGGCGAGGGGGAGGGGGAGGGCGUGCAGGAGGAGGUGGUGGGGGUGGUGGGUGGCGAGCAGGGCGGCGUGGCGGGCGCCGCCGAAGCGGAGGAGGGCGGGGAGGCUGGCGGUUACGAGCACGGGUACGGCGACGCGGGUGGCGGUUACCACGGCGCUUACGGCGGUUACGAUGACGAGCUGGAGCAUUACUAUUAGUGUGACAAUAUGUCAGUUCCAACCGUCGCGAUGAGGAGGCGUUUGCGCGGGGAUGCUGAAUCGGGAGUUAGGUAGUGCAAUGUAUGAGUAGUCAUUAGUCAGCGAGUGUCUUACAGGGGAAUGGGAAUGGGAAUGGAGCUGCAUGGACACUGGAUGCACUGACCUGCUGGCCCUGUCAGCAGCCAGCGGCACCGGCGUGUGUCGUGUGGCAGGGGCAGGGGCGGCCCCUCCCCACGCGUGGAGGUGUUUAGGACGUGUGUACUGUCCAGCUAGUCUGGCUGCGGCCAUGUGCGGCUCUUUCAUAUGCUACUGGGUUUACAAUGGAUGUAGGUAGGGGGCGGUCUGCGGGUACUGAGUGGGUCCUCCGGGUACCCUCCCGGGCAAUGAUGGAGGCGGGCUGGCAGCAGUGCGAAUCGGCCGUACGUGCCAAGCACGUUCAGAGAAAUGUAAGCUAGUGUGAAAUUGUGAAUGCAAAUGCAAGACGUCACCGAGUGCUCCAGUGUGUGGCAAGCACACGCGGCACAUGGUGGUCUCACUCGGCCGCGGGGCCUGUGUUAGAGACAAGAGCACAAGGAAGAACAAUGCGCGCAGGACAGUGUACACGGGGCCUGUGAGCAUCUUGGUGACACUGUAAUCAGUUCCUCGCGGCGCGCCUCAAUCGGCCAAGUGUAUCCCAGGGGUGUUGGGUGAUGCACGACAGCCUCGGAACCUGCAUCAGCCGAUCAGCGUGCGUACGGCACGUGUGUGUGAGCAGCCCAGCUGGUGUUAGAAGCCGGAAAGGCAUAAGGGCCAUUGGGCAGGCCACCCCGACACCACAGCCAAGCGCAGGUCUGCUGGGCUCUGCGAAAUCGAAUGCAAGUUUAACUGGUGCGCGCGUUCCCUGGACCCUGAUUGGCCCAUUUUAGAACAUUCAUGAAGUUGAUAUACUGCAGAUAUGCGAGAGAUAAUAAACUAAGCAGUCGGAGGUCGGCCAUGCCUCGUGACAGCGGCGUCAACUCCGAGUUCCUGCGGUUCCUGUAGCGCAUGAGCAUGGGUCGCGUGUGGUGAUGACCAGGAACGGCGGCGGCAGGAAGCGGAAGAGGAGGAGGUCAGGAGCAAGAGCCAAGCAGGUAGGAGAACGAGGGAGCAGAGUACUUGUGGCUGGGAGGCCACCGGUGCCCUAGCAGGGGCACGCGCCGGUGACGUGAGCAGGAGGAGAAGGCAGUAUACGCACUUGACACGGCUUCAGGAGGCGCACAGGAGGCGGAGGCCGCCACGAACCAGCAGAGGAAGCAAUAAAUUGUCUUACUAUAUAUAUAUUUGGCCUAUGAGAAUUGACGUGCUUCGGCACAACUGUUAAAAUUGGAAAAAUACAGAGAAGAUUAGCAUGGCCCCUGCGCAAGGAUGACACGCACAAAUCGAGAAAUGGUUCCAAAUU